AUGGAGAUAGCAAAUGUGCAUUCUGAAGAAGGUAAAAGGAUGAGCCCGAGAAGGAGGAGCUCGACCCCAAGAGAAAAUGAGAAAGCCGAUAAUAAAAAGAAAGACUCCCGAGGAAGAAUCCUGGAUGAUAGAGACCGGGUUGGAAGGUAUGAGAAAUACACACCGCUAAAUGCCUCACGCUCUCAAAUUUGGAGGGAGGUGGUAAUGAUGGAGAUGAAAAAAGUAGAUAGACCCCGACCCAUAUUUGAUAGAGGAGGUUUGGAUAAGUUCAAAUACUGCACCUUCCAUGAUGGACCAAGGCAUAACAUUGAUCAGUGCUGGGAUCUCAGAGAUGAUGUGGAGAAAUUAGUCAGAGAAGGGAAACUAUACCAAUACGUUAUUAAGUGUCAGGGUUCCAGAAACAAUAAGAGAAAAUCUGGAAACCGGAAGAGAAGCAAGAGUCUGGUGACUGAAAAGAAAAGGAAAGAAGAUAGGAACCAGAAAGAUGAUUCUAAUAAUGACGAAUUCCCAGAAGCUGAGUUUGAUUGCAACGUGAUCAGUGGAGCUCUUGGUGGAGGGGGAGAUACAGUUAAAAAGAUCUUCGUAGAUGCAGGAAGCAGUGCCGACAUUAUAUUGUGGGACACCUUCAAAAAGAUGAACCUGGAUGAAGAAGACCUCAAACCCUGCAAGACAACCUUGAUAGCCUUUAAUGGAAAAAAUACACCUCCCAAAGGCUAUAUAGAUCUCAGGUUAACCCUGGGAACCAAAGAGGCGUUCAAAUCAGAACGGGUGAGAUUCAUAGUGGCUGACUUUCCAUCUGAGUACAAUGUUAUCCUGGGGAGACCAACUUUACAUAAGUGGGACAUGCUAGUCUCCACAAAGCAUCAAAAGAUUAAGAUGGUGUGCAGCAAGAAUGAAAUCAUUACCAUCCAUGGAGAUCAAAAAGAAUCCAGAGAAUGCUACUUUGAAACAGUCAAAGGAAAAGAAGGCGGACACUUGAGUCCAUCCCGGAUUCGAUAG